AUGUCAACUACUCAGACUAUUGAAGCCGCCCAAUCUGUUGUGCCAACUGUGGCCGAGUCCCAGCGAGAUGCAGGCGCUCAAGCCACCCUCGCAACAGGCGGAUAUGAGUUCCCAGGGAUCCCAAAGAUCGAUGACCCUUACAAGAAGCGUCAGUGGCAGCUGGAGCACAUGGCUGGCGCAUUCCGCGUGUUUGCUCAUAAGGGCUUCACAGAGGGAACGAGUGGGCAUAUCAGCGUGCAUGAUCCAGUAGACCCAGCCACAUUCUGGAUUAAUCCAAUGGGAAAGCACUUUGGCAUGUUGAAGUCCAGCGACAUGGUCCACAUCGAUGAGGACGGUCAGGUCAUCGGCGGUAACAAGACUACUGGGAACGCAGCUGGCUUUAUGAUUCACAAUGCAAUCCAUCGUGCCCGACCAGAUAUUCGUGCUGCAUGUCAUACCCAUUCGCCAGCAGGCAAGGCGUGGUCAACCUUUGGCAGACCCCUUGAUAUCAUCAGCCAGGAUACUUGCAACCUCUGGGGUACACAGGCCAUCUACAAGGCAUUCGGUGGCGUUGUCCUGGGAGCAGAAGAAGGGGAGCGAAUUGCACAAGCUAUGGGUGACAAGGCACGAGUUAUUGUGUUACAGAACCACGGCCUUUUGACUGCUGGUGGAACCGUCGACGAGGCUGCGUACUGUUCACCCUUGCCGAACGUUCUUGAAACCCUCUAUACUGAAUUCCAGCCCGAUUUCGAGUAUGAGAUCUAG